UGAAUAUCUAAAUUUAAUUGUUUCAUAAUUAAUAAAUUAAUUAAAUAACUCCAAAUAUCAAUCAUCUGGGAAUCUACUCUUCCUCCCAUAUCACUCUAGGUUCUCCAUGCAAGUACGUUCGAGGUUUUAGAGGUAAAUAUAUGUGAUUUAUUUGAGUAGGUUGUAAUGUGGCAGCAUAAUUCAUAGCUCCUUUGUUGGGGAUUAAUGUUUUCAUGUUACUAUGUUGAGAAGCCUCGGGCAAUGGCUGUUCAACGGCCAAAGUGGCCAUCGCCGACAAUUCUAGGGUUUCUCCGUGCUAGGUUUUCACUAGGGUUUUAGAGAGUGUCUUAUUAAUAUUGAAGGUGUCUAAUAGGAAAACAAAUCUUGAGGGUUCCAAGUAAAAUCUCGAAAUAAGUGUAAUGAUUUAUCAAUGAGUUAAGUCAAAUAUUAAUUUCUCUAUCAAAUCAUACAAAUGACACUAAAAUAAAGCCAUAAACGUGGAAUGUCUUAAAUAGCUGCCUGUGCGUGGCUUUAAUUUCGAUAGGUAGACCCUAAAAUACCUCGUAGUUGACUCGUCGACACUAUGGCCAAUUUAAUUUGUUUUGCCUGAUUCUUUCAAUUAUUUGCAUUACAUGACAUUUAUGACAAUAUCAACGGUGCCUAAGUUAACGGAGAGAAGUAAUAUAGAGGGGUUUUCGGUGGUUUUCACAAUUCAUACUAACCGUUUCAGCAUAUGGAAUUUGGAAUUAAUAAUUUACAUAUUUUUUCGUAGGAUAUUUAAUUUUUUUUAAGUAGGUGAAAUUAUAUCUUUUAUUGAAGACUAAUUCAAUUUUAAGUAGGAUAUUUAAAUUGUUUAUAAUUUGACAUCCCCUAUUUUCUUUGGAAUCCUAGGAUGUGUACUCAAAUAAUAUCGAGGUAUAUUUUAAUUUUACGUUAAAGCAUAAUUUGCACUAAAAUAAAUGAAAAUACUACAACCUAUUCUUUUUCUGUGAAUAAAUUUAAAAGACAUUCGGAGGUGAUAUUGGGAGAUUCAUGAGAAUCGAUUACUUUUUCGAAGACACCUUAUGGUUGAAUUAUCAAUCUCAAUAGUAUGAUAGUAACAAUUACUCUGCCGUUACAAAUAGUACAACAUUAAAUAUACUAAACAAAUCAAAUAAUUAAGGAAUAUUCAAUUUAAAGGAAAAAGCAAAUAUUUAUGGAAAAAAAUAGAAAUGAAAAUGCUAAAUUUUCCUUGCGGCUAUUCCUCCAUCUAUUUAGUAAACUGGAACUAAUCAGCGAAACAACUGCUGAUGAACACUACUGGCAACUCUGCCUGCCUUUCUUGGUUUGUUAUAUUUCUUGCACAAUUCGAUCACAAAUUCUAAACCAAAUUAUUCAAUGGGAUUGAUCAAGAUUAAAUCUUUUUCAUUCCUCUUCACAAUCUUGAUUCUUUUCUCCCUUUUCCCACCUCCAUCAUCAUCAUUAUCAUCUUCCCACCGCCAUCGUCAACACAGCCGCCAAAAGCAGCGCCAUCAUCACCGCCGAAAUACACAGCUUAAUAAUAUCCCCAGUACAUUUCUUCCAUCUUUUUCCCCACCAAAUGUAAAUGGUGAAUGGGUCCUUUUACAUCAUUCAAUUGGUGUUUCCGCCAUGCACAUGCAGCUUCUCCACAACAAUAAAGUUGUCAUCUUCGACAGAACCGAUUUCGGAGCUUCUAAUCUCUCACUUCCCGAAGGCAAAUGCCGCUACGACGACGAAGUUCUUGACGUCGAUUGCUCUGCUCAUUCUAUUAUCUACGACAUUCCAUCGAACACUUACCGCCCUCUCAUGGUUCAAACUGACGUUUGGUGUUCCUCUGGAGCCCUCAAUUCUGACGGUACACUAAUACAAACCGGUGGAUACCAUGCCGGCGACCGAAAAAUACGAUUGUUUUCACCGUGUGAUGAUGAUUGUGAUUGGACUGAAUUACCGCAGAAUUUAACGGUUCAGAGAUGGUACGCUUCUGAUCAUAUACUUCCUGAUGGGCGUGUGAUUAUUGUAGGAGGAAGAAAAGCUUUUAGCUAUGAGUUUUUUCCCAAGAAUGAGAAUGAUAAUGGUGGUGUUUUUGACCUUCCGUUCUUGAUGGAAACUACUGACCCCGACGAAGAGAAUAAUCUUUAUCCAUUCUUGUACAUUUUACCCGACGGGAAUCUCUACAUUUUUUCCAAUCAACGGUCCAUAGUAUUGGAUUAUGUGAAUAACAAGAUUAUCAAGGAAUUUCCGAUGAUUCCCGGCGAGAAGAGGAGUUAUCCGUCUACUGGGUCUUCAGUGAUGCUACCGUUACGUUUACAUUCAGUUGAUCAGAAUCCGGUGGUGGAGGUGUUGAUAUGCGGCGGCGCGUGGGGCGGCGCGUAUGUUAAAGCACAGGAGGGCGAGUUUUGGCGGGCUUCAAAUACAUGUGGGCGUAUGAAGCUGACAGAUCCGGAUCCUCAAUGGGUCAUGGAGGAAAUGCCGUUGGGUCGGAUCAUGCCCGAUAUGUUGUUAUUACCCACAGGAGAUGUGAUCAUACUAAAUGGAGCGGCAAAUGGAGCAGCUGGAUGGGAGAAUGCUGUUGACCCGGUACUAAACCCGAUUCUUUACUGGCCAGACGAACCCGACCCGACUAAAAGAUUCACUGUGCUCAACCCUAGUACAAUACCAAGAAUGUACCACUCAUCAGCUACUCUACUACCAGAUGGCAGGAUACUAGUGGGUGGAAGUAAUCCACACUCAACGUACAACUUUACGGGAGUAAUGUACCCCACAGAGUUGAGCCUAGAAGCAUUUUCACCACCCUAUUUGGCGACAGAAUACGCUCAUAACACCCCUUUAAUCCAAGCCGUCGACCAGGGGGGAAUCCUAUCGUACGGUCAGCAAUUUUCCAUCACAUUCUCGCUAGCGUUUCGCCAUCCUGAUGCAAGGUUCAUAGUAAGCAUGAUUGCACCCUCAUUUACAACACACUCAUUUGCAAUGAACCAGAGACUGUUGGUUUUGGACAUUGUGGGAGUGGAAUGGCUCAGUUGGUUUGAUUACAAAGUUACGGUGUUUGCACCUCCAUCACGGAAUAUUGCACCUCCAGGAUAUUAUAUGGUGUUUGUGGUUCAUCAAGGUGUUCCUGGUCAUUGUGUUUGGGUGAGGAUGCAGUGACCACUGUAGCUAUUCUCCUUUUUAUUUUUUGCUCUCUAUUGACAUUGAGUUUAGAAUAUGUGAUUUUGUACUAGGUGCGUCAUAUUUUUUGGUUAGCAUUUGAAAUAAAAAAAAUUGAGUAAUUGGAAAUAUAUAUCACCAUGUUUUUCAA